AUGUUCCGUGUGACUGUCAGAAUAUUCCAGUCGCUCCGAACAGACAUGUUCACCGUGUCUUCUCCAGGCAAGAUCGCAAAAGAAGCCAGCCCGGUAGUAACUAUGGGCAGCACAGACGACAAGGAUGUGAGGAUGAUGAACAACCUCACCGAUGACCUCGUACAGAAGACAGCGCGUGAUAAAAAAUGGGUAGCGCACGAUCCUUCCCUGUCUACUAUCCUUGCCCCGUUACUGAACCUAACAUCUCUAGGCAUAUACACCCUCUGCUGGAGGAACCCUUCGCGCAUACACCAGUGCAUACUGUCAUUCGAGCACACAAUUACGCCUCAGAUAACUUCUCCAUAUCUGGACUACGUGCACUUUGGCACCCUCCCAGGACUCUUGGGUAUUUUGGUGAUGCUUCGAGGGCUGAAGAGGUUGCCAUUUGGUGUCAUUAUGGCACCGCCGUAUCUAGCGGUACUUCUGAGGCAGAUGAUGGUCCGAGGAGCUAGGCAUGGAGAGAAGCGCAAGAGUAGUAGAGCUGCUGAUGGGGAGUCCGUGGGUAAUGGCGUUUGGAAAGUUGAAGAAGCUGAGGGUGAAGAGGUGCUACAGGGUACAGACGAAGCCGGUCAGGUCGCUGGUAAAUCUGUCGAAAGAGUCGCAGGAGGAGUUGGAGUUCGAAGGAUGGAACAUCGAAGAUCCAGGAUAUGA